AUGGCCGCAAAACUCGGCGCCCUCGACUUCUUCGGCGACGGCGACGCGCCAGCGCCAGCACCAGCACCAGCACCUGUACCGGACAGACCACCCACAGCAACACCCGUAACAAGUGAAAGCGCCACACGAACGAGAAAACGCCUCGGCAUCACGGUCGAGGCCGCGGGCGCCGCGCCGCCGCCGCCGUGGCAUAAUUGGAGCGACGGCGACCUCGACGCGCGUAUUACAGAAGCGCUGCCGCGCGGCGGCUGGCCCCGGCCCACGCCCGUGCAGGCCCAGGCCGCGCCCGUGCUGUUGGAAGGCAGAGACGCGCUGGUGGUCGCGCCGACGGGCGGUGGCAAAACCGGCGCGUUCCUCGUGCCCGCGCUGCACCUCGUCAUCGCGUCGCGCGGUUCUCGAAAGACGCUCGUCGCCGCGCCGACGCGCGAGCUCGUCGCGCAGCUCGCGCGCGAGGCGCGGCGCUGGCUCGGCCUCUGCGGCUCUGACUUGGUCGUGGCGACGCCGCCCUUCACUGACUCAAAGGCGGCCCUGUGCGUGGCGACGCCCCAGGCGCUGCUUCAAUCCAAAAUCACUCCGUCGCUCCUCGUCCUCGACGAGGCCGACCGCCUCCUCGACACCGAGGGCGGUUUGCUAAAGGCGGUCGACGCGCUCCUGGCAAAGGGGGCGACAACGCGCGCGCUCGUGUCGGCGACGGCGCCGGGCCCGUUCAUGGAGGCCGCGGUGGCCGCGCUCGCGCCGACGCGGUGCGUCGUGCGUGUCGGGACCGAGUCCGACGGUCCACGGGCCACCGUGGCGCAGCGCUUCGUGUACACGGGCGACGACGACCGCAGCAAGGCGCCCGCGCUGCGCGAGCUGAUCCGGGAUGGGGCUUGCGCGCCGCCGUGCCUUACUGUGCGGAAAUCAACCAGUGCGUCGGGCUCACCAGGCGCCGUGAAAACCUGAUUCCUACACAGGUGCCUGAUCUUCGCGAACUCGGCGGCGCGCGCGGCGCGCGUCGCGGCGCGGCUCGCCGAGGCGGGACUGAGGGCAGACGUCCUCGCGGCGGCGGCCGGGCCGCCGGCGGAGCGCGCGCGCGCGCUGCGCAAGUUUAGGGGCGGAGAAACGUGGUUCCUCGUCGCGACGGACGUCGCGAGCCGCGGCCUCGACCUCCCGGCGCUCGCCUGCGUCGUGAGCUACGACGCGCCGACGUCCGCGCAGGACUACGUCCACCGCGUCGGCCGCGCGGGCCGCCGCGGCCGCCCGGGCGCCGCGCUGACGCUCUACACGUCCGACGACGCGCCGCGGCUCCGCGCCGUCGCGAAGGCCGCGCGCCGCGCGGGCUGCGCCGACGUGCCCUCGUUCCUCGCCGCGGACGUCCCGCGCCGCGCCUGGGACGCCGCGGCGGGCGAGGGCCGCGAUGGCUCCCGGCGGAAGCGGCGGAAGGGGUCGGAUAAUAAGUAA